AUGUGUUGGAAAUUAUUUUUGUUAGCCGAAGGUAGGUGAAUAACAAGACGGCAUGUCUGCUCCUGUUUUAUUAUAGUGAUUUCUUUGUAUCUUCAGCAACUCGCAGUGUUUUCCUGUAUAACUGCUACCUCAUGAUAUAGAUUCUGCAAAGUCGUUUACAAAUUGAUUUAAGCGUGGAAGGAAAGGACUUCUUUAGGCAUAAUCCAGGUCCUGUACAGAGACUGCACGGUGGCUAAGUAAAUCUGAGGUAAAUAUAGGACUCGCUUGAUGAUUUCUCAAAGAUUCACGCAAAAUUUUGAAUUUGGAUUAGACCAUGAAAAAUGUAGAAGCUAAUUUUUGAAAUUAUUUUAAUGGUUGUUCGUUGUAAAAGACAUUUGAAUACACAAGGAAAUUUUGUCGUAUUCAAUAUUUUUUCGGAUAUUACACCGUUCUGGAAAAUCCCCUUGGUUCAACUUUUAAAAAUCGGCCCCAUAAUCUCAUCGGAAAAAGUUUUUGACAGGUUCAGAACAUCUACAAACUAUCAUUAUUACAUUUUUUAAGUCAAUGAACCUAGGAUGAAUUUAUUUUUUUGGCUAAAAGCAUAAAUUGUUUAUUGAAAUUUUCCAGCCCACUCAUUGUUGGAUCACUAAUGUCAUCGAGUCAGUUUUGAAGGAUAGCAAACUUCAAUAACAGAUGUCAUAAUUAUAAUGUGUAGGCCCGCUGAGUAUGCGUAUAUUGAAUGUCAAAACAAUCCUGCUUUUAAGUUUGACCUGUUUGCAGGUGUCGAGAUACAUCUGAAUAUUCUGUGCAGCCAUAAAACAUGAAGAAGAAAUCCAGCUAUUACUUUAAGGGAUUUCGAAAUGACUAGUUGAAACAAAGAGAUGAUUGGGCAAAUUAGUGUUACAAAAGUCGACGGCUCAAAAGACCGCGGAUUUGGUUUAAUUAGUCACUUGUAAGUCUUGUUUUUGCCAAACAAACAUGUUUUAAAACAUGCUGAGGGCAGUGAAAAUUCGAAAUUGCUGUAGGAAAUUCCUCCAAUGUUACGGUUUAUCAUCUGUUACAAUCUGUAGCCAGGUACUAAGCAAAUUCCGUGUAAAUCGCUCUAAUUGCACUUAGAAUGCCUCGCAGCUUCACCAUAAAUCGUGAAUGGAGGCUCAGUGAAUGAUCUUCAAUUAAGCUUUCAACGUUUUUCCUGCGUAAUGGACUACGGCUGGUGGUCUAGUAGAGUUUUAUAACCUGCGGACUCUCGCUCUUUAAACCCGUGCGCUAACAAGUGUUCCAACCAAUUGCUUUGCACGAACUGUUUUACUUAAGUCAAUGCAACGCAGAAAGUCACAUUUAUCUGGGUAUCAAACACUUUUUUUGUCAGUUUUACCAGUUUUAACACAAGGCCGUCAAAAUCAAAGCGAUGUAUCACACAUAAAAACAUCAAUAUCACCAUCUCCAACAAUAACGGCGCCCACGUCAUCAAUCGCAUCGCCAAUUAAAGACGACGGAGAUUUAAACGCAAACCGAGAAGGAAACAUUGUAAGUCCACGUGAGUUUAAAGGGCGAUUUGCAAUCACAAACAUCGAUUACAAACCCCAAUAUGCAAAUGUCAAAAGUGACGAGUACAAAAUUCUCAAAGACUCUCUCGAGAAAGCAUUGGACAGCUCGUUACAAAAUACUGUUCCUGGUUAUAUCAUGUGUGCAGUGCGCUGGUUCUAUAAAGGAAGUGUGAUCACAGACUUUGUUGUGUUUGUGAAUGGAAAUGAAAAUGUCUCCCCUGAAGAGUUACAAAAGGCGAUUGUCUCAGCUCCGUCCACGGGUUCGCUGGCAAAUUUUAAGUUGAAGAAUGUUGUUAUAGAGUCACCGCAGGACCAAAGAAGUGGAGAAAAUGAGGACAACAAAGGAUCUAUGAUCAUGAUCGAGCUAUGGAUGAUAAUUACUUUCGGUGGUAUAGUGAUUGUUAUUGUUCUUCUCUUCUUCAUUCUUGGUCUUUUGGUAAGUAAAGGAUGAGAGAGAUCGAUAAUUUUUUUUUUAUCAGCGUUUAUUAUAAUAAUGUAUCAACCCUUUUACUCCAUGAUCUCAUAAAUAAUUCUCCUUACUGCCUGCCUUACAGCUCUUAUGACAUUAGUUUAGAGAAUUUGAUAUUAGAUGCACAACCUAAUCGACCCAAUCCGGAUAAAUUGGCUCCUGGAUAUGGAAUUUUUCGACAGGGCUCUCCAAAGUGGAUGGAUACGGAAGCGCUAACUUUGCUUUUAAAAGUGAGAGGAAAGCACUUUGAAAAUUUUUUUUAUUAAACUUUCUUCUGUCCCUUUAAUUUUUUGGUGUGAAAAUUACGUCUAUAUCAUACAAACUAUCAAGGGUGUAUCAAAACGAUUCUGCCUCCGUUGUAUGCAGUGUAGAUCGGUUGUAUGGACGCAAGGUCUGAUACAACAGCACGAAAGCAAUAAUUUUCAUUCCACUUGUUAUAAUAUCAUUUUAUGAUACCCAGCCAAUUUCGUUGCGACAACGCCUCUAAAAUCCUCAUCACUACCACUUCGAUCUUUGAACAAACUUGUUUUAGAUAAGAAACAGAUUGUUAAAGAAAGCCCUAACUCAAGAGAGACGUGUCACUGAAGACCUAAGACACCAACAACAGUUGCAGCAAGAGGGGACAAGGGAAACGUUGUCCAUUGUGGCUGCGUCAUCUACUGAUGAACUUACGACCAUGCUUGAUAGCAAAAAGGAAGUAAAGGUGUAGUAACCUUUAUCCGUGUGAUUUUUGUCCCUAAAGAAGGAGUGACACAUUCCUUGCCCUGGUGCUAGCAUUCCUUUGUGUGCCUUCUGGUGGCCCCGCCUUCUCAAGAAACAGUACAUUAAGGAAAUUAGUUUUCUUCCGUUCUGGGCAUGCUAAAGUAUGAGAAUAAGUCUUAAGGCGGAGAGGAAAAAUGAGUAUAAAACUGUACCAAAGCAUUCGUGAUCUUCUCAAGUACUUUGGAUUUCAAAGGAAUUACAAGAUAAUAAACCAUUUUUUCCCGAGAGUGUCUGAUAAUCACGCUUCAUAAAAUGAGGAGCAAAAUAGUGCAUGUAGUAAAGUAACAAAAGGGUGUAUUGCUCCCUUAAUAAUUUUAUCCUAAUCCCCGAGCGGUUUGUCGUUAAUCAUCAGAAAUACCAGAGUCGAUCAUUUUCCAUCGGCACCUCAAGGUCAGCGGAAAGACUCAUGGAGCUCUUGAAAGAUUCUGAUCAGGUGAAAACUGCCACAGGCGAACGAGCAGAACGUAACUCAUCUACAGUUUUUUCAGGAUCGGCAACUGUUCCCAGUGUCAUAUCAAACGUUUCAGCCCAUGAGGUAUGUAAAGUUCAUAUCAUUCGUAGGGCUUGACUAGUAGGACUCUAACCCCUUAAAGUGACUUGAGUUCUUAUUUCUCCUUACAGUAUCACUGUUGAAUCAAAUGUAAAGGUCAUGAGAAUAAAGUAACUGAUCUCUAAUUGAGGAAGCUCCUGUUUGUCGAACAAAUUCUCCUCGUCAGUGCCAUUGGAAACGUAAACAGAAUAGUAUGGAGAAAAUGCAUAUUGAUGUUAGGGUGCAGGGGGUUAAUGAAAGGUUUUCUUUCUUUUUUUGUCACUAUCUUUCACCUAUAUUUACUGGUAGAAUGCUUAUGUUCUAAAAGGUUGUUGUAUGUCUCAUGCCAAAACGGGCUUUCUCGCAGUAUUUAUGGACGUUUUCCAUCCUAAACUUGCGCCUUCGUUGUAUAAGUUCCCGGACUCAGUCAAUUGGUACAUCACCCGAGUUUCAUGAGGUGAUAACUUGAUUUCAAAGAUUCGAUCCUUUAUUACUCGUUUCAUUUUAUCUUUUGUGGUAAAUUAUUUUUUGCGCCAUUUUUUUAGGGUGAAUUCAGCACUUCAAGCUCCCUAAUUGAUGACGUCACGAUGUCAGGAGACCACACCCAUCUAAGAAAGGUUCCUUUUGCAAUGAGCAAACCGUUAAUUUUCAUCAGCCCUCCCAAGGAAAACACAGUGUCGACUGCUAAAGAGGUAAAAUAAAUGUUAUGAGUUAGACUAAACUAAUUUUUUACCGUCCCAAAUUGGUCCCAAAAUCAAACCAAAUGCAAUGGGUCUGAAACUAUAGAUUAAAAUAUCUGUUCUUAGGUGGGAUGUGGAAAGGGAUGAUUCAGCUGUGAUAAGGGUCCUGAAUCCCGACUGUCAUUAUGUUGUGUACUUGGGAGAAGCACUUUACUAUUUCCGCUAAGCCUUUAACCCUUUACACACGAACAUAAUUGUGCUUACUCUCCAUGAAACAUUCAUCAGCUAUGAAACUGUAAGGAGAUAUUGAAUGAGAGUCACCAGUAAGGGUUAAAAAGUUAAUGCGUACCUGUAAUUUGCCAAGAACAACUUAACAAAACACUAAAAUUAAGUCAAGAAGAGUAACAGCGCCUUUUGAAACUUCAUAUUACAGUACCAAGAAAAACUAGGCAGCUAUGCGAGAUCAGUCUAAAAACCCUUUCAAUCCCAAGAUAAUUCUUAUGAUGUUAGUUCUGAGAAUUUGGUAUUGGGUCAACUAAUAAUCCCCUAACUUAUAUUACUCUUUAUUCUCAACACUUGUCUAUUUGGUAUAGUAUUGAUUUGGUAAGGAGAAAUUUUGUCUUGGUCACUCAUGGGAGUUAAAGGUUAAGCAGACUUUUUUUAUAUAUUUUCGUAGGAUUGGCCUCAGGAUGAAGAAACUCAGAAAGAAGGCGAUGAAUCUGAAUUUACCAAAUUAAAAUAUACUCCGGCGAUACUUCAGCAGGUACAAGCGUUUGAACAAGGAACUAUCAACACAAGCGACGAAGAAGAAAAUGAUAAAAACAAACUAAUGAGAAGCGAGCCCAAAAAGCUGAGACAUAUUUCACUCAGCGCUACUGCAUCACAACAAAUGAAAAUUUCCGAAGAGCGACGACGGAGAGAGCAUGAGAUUCGACCUUUAGGUGGAGUGAUCAAGGUAGGUCUUCCUGCUUCCUAAUCAGAAGUGGAUAUGAAAGGGGCUACGGUGCUGAUACAAUCACAUUGGCCACGCUUAAAAAUCCUAUACCUUAAUGACUCAUAAAGGUAUAGAAGUUCUUAGGUUGCGAUUAAAUCGCAGCCUAUCACUUCGCGGUGAUGGGCAUCGUAGACCAACAGCUUUUCAUUAAGUCGGGUAGAACAAAACCACCUUCUCAUGGAGUCAUAUGCAUGUAUACAUGAGUGCGUAAUCAACUUCAGUCACACUAUAAUAUGAUAUAACUUUUAUUUUUUAAUGUAUAGCGUACUGAGGCAUUGAAGGAAAUUUUCUGGUUUGAAGUGUGCCAUACAUAUGGUAAGAUGUAAGUUCGGAAAAUUACAAUGAGGGGCAAAAGUCUUGGUGCUCUCUGCUACAUUUUUAAUUUUUUGUAUAACCGUCGGUUAUUUAUCAACCUCUCUGCCUUAUUUCAAUGUUACCUGAUGUAAACAGAAUGGUUACUAAUUUCCUACAACAUUGCUAGGACUUUCAAUGACGUAUCGGAGAUAAAUUACAAGAUUUCUGUUCAUCAUGUUGAGUGGAGGGUUGUUGGCCACCAAGUGAGGGAGGGGAGGGAUGCCAACUUUUUUUGCCACUGAGUGUAGAUCUGCAACGCAUGAUUACCUAGAAUAAAUAUGUCUACUAAUAACUGAAGUGUUGAAACGGCUUUAACGCUCCAUCAAUUAAUCCGCAUUUUUCCUGCGGAAACUGUACAGAUACCAGGAAGUGGAUUGAGUGGUGGAAUUAAUUUGAGCUUUUAUGACAAGUUAAUAAUGACAGCGUUUACCUUUUUUUUGCAGAGGUUUGCACUUCGCCCAUCUGAUACCGAUAACAGUGCUACAGAAUAAUCUAACUGGUCUCGCUCCACGACUCGAUAAGUGAUAAACUCGUACUAAGUUUGACUAAAAGGAGCAGUGUAGGAAUUGAAAAAUAACGCAUAAAAUGGCGGUAUAAAAACAUCUGUGACAAAAAUAAACGAGGCGUACUCAGCUUUCUAACAGGAUGGCACUUAUAAUUCUCCUAUCCAGAGGC